GCUCGAGACCCCUCAGUGUUUUCAACAUGGCGGAUCCGCUGAGUAUACUCCGACAGUACAAUGUCAACAAAAAGGAAAUAAUCACAAAAGGAGACAAUAUAAUCUUCGGAGAAUUCUCAUGGCCGAAAACUGUGAAGACCAACUAUUUAGUUUACGGUUCUGGUAAAGAUGGAGCCCCAAAAGAUUACUACACUUUGGAGUGUCUCCUCUUCCUCCUCAAGCAUGUCGGCCUUACUCAUCCUUCGUAUGUGCGAAAAGCUGCGGCAGAGAAUAUACCUGUCGUGCGUCGUCCUGAUCGUAAAGAACUCUUGGCUUACCUCAAUGGAGAGACCUUCAACAGCAGCAGCAUUGAUAAGUCAGCCCCCUUAGAAAUUCCAACACAGGUUAAGCGUACAGUUGAAGAUUCUUCCGAUAGCAUAGCUAAAAAGCCAAGAUAUGAUGACAGUGAUGUACAGAAGAUCAAAGAGCAGCUCGCUCUUCGAUUUGAUGCUCCUAAAAAAUCCUCCAUCGUCAGCAAUAUUGACAGAUCACUGUCAGAAGCUAUGUCCAUUGAGAGGAUUGCUGCUAUUAAGGCUAAACGUCUGGCCAUCAAGAGAACCAUGAUUAAGGAAGAUGUUGAUGACCUGGGCUUAGGCAAUGACCUGCGCUGCAUGUUAGAAUUUGAUAUUGAUGUGACCAAAGAUAUUACAACAAAAGAACGACAGUGGAGAACCAGAACUACCAUUCUUCAGAGCUCUGGCAAGCAAUUUGCUCAGAGCAUCAUGGGCUUGCUCAAGUCUAUCAAAGCACGUGAAGAUGGCAAGGUUAAGAGUACUGCGCCCAAUCCAGUUCCAACUCCCAUAUCCAGAGUUCAGCAGCAACCUGCAGGAUAUUCACGUUACGACCAAGAAAGGUUCAAGGGCAAAGAAGAAACUGAGGGCUUCAAGAUUGACACAAUGAGAACCUAUCACGGUCUCUCACUCAAGAGCGUGACAGAAGGUAGUCAAAGCCACAAGAUGGCACCACAGCCUGAUCUAGCUCCUCAGAACAAGACUGUUCCAGGUCAGCAGAUGAAGAAACCUUCACGCACACCAAUCAUUAUUGUGCCUAACUCCCCAACAUCUCUCAUCUCAAUGUACAAUGCUAAGGAUCUUCUGCAAGAUAUGAAGUUUAUAACCUCCCAAGAAAAAAGAGCACAAGGUUGUAAGCGUGAGACUGAAAUCCUCAUCCAAAGGGCCAAGGAUGGCGGCCUUACUGUUCCCUACCGUGUCACAGACAACCCCUCCAAGCUUAGCUAUGCUGAUUGGGACCGUGUAGUGGCAGUGUUUGCUAUGGGUCCUGCUUGGCAGUUCAAAGGCUGGCCCUAUGAUGGAAACCCUGUAGAAAUCUUUAAUAGAAUUUGUGCUUUCCACAUUAAGUAUGAAGAAAUGAAGUUAGACAACAACAUUGCCAACUGGGCAGUCCACGUUCUCAACCUUAGUCGCAUUCGUCGUCAUUUGGACAGAGCAAGAUUCCUUGAGUUCUGGGAGAAGUUAGACAGAUCCAUUUUGAUGAAGAAACCUCAUUUAAGGACAUAAGGAUUGGUUCAUCCUCUUUAACAAGUCACACUUGCGGUGGUAGGAAGCUCGUCCAUCCAGAUUUCCAAGAAAGCUCUUCCAGGGGUGUGGAAAAGUGGCAGAAGUCACAGAAGGCCUUUUUUAUUUCAUUUUAUGAUGAUGAUUGUCAAACUAAUAUCCAAAAGUAUGUAUGGCUUCUAGGAAGGAAUUAAGUAUUUCAUUUUGUAGGAUGUUAACAGUGGACCUUCAUUUUCAUGGUAAAUUACACUUGAUUUUUUCAGCAUUUGUAGUUCAUUGACACUUGGUGCUCCUAAUCGGUGGUAAAUUCCUGCAAGAGCUUGCAUAUUGCCUUACUGUUUUUGCCAAAAGUACCAUAAGCUGUCAUUGGAAAAAAUAUGAUGAUAACAGUCAGGAACUGCAGACUUUGUGUAAUGCAUCUUCAUCUUUUUGUCCAGUGUGUGUGGUUGUGCUGUAGUUGAGCCCAGUAUGGUCAGAAGCUGUAUUUGAGUGCAUCAGUAUUCUUUGGUGGUGAUGUUCCUUUCACUUUUCUCUUCUAGACUCCACUACUUUUGCAUAAUGAUGGUAUAAACUAAUGUUUCAGUUUAUAUCACUCUUACCAGUUUUAAAGUGUAUUGUUAUUCUAAUGCACAACAGUCUGACAUGGUGAAGGUUGAUUGGAUGGUACUCAAGGCUUCAAAAAAAAAAAUAUUUUGUUUCCCUGACUCAUAUUAACACUUCCUCUCUCUCCUAUUGUCUCUGUUAUACUGCAUUAUUUGUCAAUCUAUUUAUGUGCAAGUAAUUAUCUCAUUUGGGUUUUACUUCACCUACUGAUCCUUAGCCAAGUUAUUGUCCUUUUUUCUCAAUUUUCCUUUUGUGUGUAGUCCAGAUCUUACCAAGGGGAAUUUUUCACAUUUGAGGAUGAUCUACCUGUUGAACAUAAGGAGGUGAAAACAAAUGAGGACUCCUUAUGGUAAAAUAACCUUGACUUUGUGUUAUGAUUGUAAGAGACAGCUAUUUUGUAAUAGAUGCCAUAUGUAUAAGCUAGUGAGUGGCAUUUUGUACAUAAUACUUCAUUUAUUGAAGACAGCCAAGAAAUGUUAUCACUGCCCCUAUCUCUCAUUUUUUGUGGCAAAUGUAAAAAAAAUAUGCCCCAGUGUCUCUCAUAACAACAUAGCAAAUUAGGGGAAACAGGUUACUGAAAAUAAUCAGGCAGUUAUUAAAUGCUCUUUAUUUUGUUUAUAAAGGUCACUUGUUUAUUUUAUGAUUUUUGUUAAAAUAAAAUAAAAAAUACUUUAAUUUUGCUGAUUAAUUCUUUUAAAUGAGAUUUUAGUCAUAGUUGUUUGUAUUUUUCCCAAUAAUUAUUUUUAUUUUUCCAAGUAGUUUAUUGCUGCUUUUACUUAAAUGUGAUAGUAUAUAUAUAUUUUUCAGCGAGUCCAUUUUCAAAAUACGUAAUUGCUGCUUGAUUUGUAUGUUGCUCCUAUACAUCCCACUUAUAUAUUUCACUAAUGCUGUGUCACGUAUAUCUAGAAGUGGGUACUUCAUGUUAUUCUCAGUAGCUACAAGAUUUUUGUAAAUAACCAUAACAUUAAUUUGUUUAAAGUGAAGGACAGUUUGUUUUGAUUGAACAGAGGCUCUGAUAAGCACCUGAAGUCUCUCCCAAGGUGCUAAGGUUCUCACUGACCUUGAAGAGAUACUGUACUUUAUUUUUUCCUGAGGGAAGAAAGUUUAGCAGAACAUUAGAAAUGACAGACUGUAAAUAGUUUUAUAGGUGAAACAAGAUUAGUUAUUGAACACUGUGAACCCAUAAUUAAUUAAAUAAAAUAUAUGAAAUAA